AUGACACUGCGAAUUCUACUUAAUUUUGACGAUGUAAUAAGAAAUUUCGUUGAGAGACGUCCUGAAAAGGAUUUUAAUGACUCAAGUGAGAGAAGCAAACUCAGGAAAACCGAAGACUUAAGACAUUUAACUCCUGAAGAACUUACAUUUGCUGCAUCUAUGAGCCACCGGGAUGCAGGACAAUUAUCAGAAGAAGCUGCGAAGACCAGGAAUAAACACUUUAGAAUGUACAGAAUAAGGUUUUUCAGGAAGUUUAAUAGACAAGUGUGCAAUAGAGAUAUUCUAAACAGGCUUCUUCUAACAAGUGAUCCUUUCAUUAGUCGUUCCAAACAAAAGCACAUGAAAAAGAAAGAACCUUAUAGCAGCGAGACCCUACAGUUACUUAUGCCAGAGUCACAUAAAGGUGGAAGAUCAGAAAUACUCCAAGAUGAAAGUGAAGAAAAAGAUACAGUAGAGGAUUCAGAAAAAGAGAAUUGA